GAUCAAGCUGACUGGGGGGCGUAGCAGCCUGUCGCUGCCCUGCGCCGCGGAUAAGUUUUGGGACGUGGAUGAGCGGGGGUUUUUGCCCGCGCAGGACCCGGUCAAGGAGCUCCCGCGGCCCUGGCAGCAGCUGGUGGAACUGGUGGACAUUAUGCCGGCGUAUUCUAUCCAAGGACAGUUUCAGCAGCUGGCAGAUUCCCAACUGCGAGGGCAGCUUUUUGAAAGCACUGAGCAGGUGAAAGCGGGGCUGGAGAGCCUGUUGCAAGCGGAGUUGGAAUGCCUGCACUCGGUGCUGGGGUAUAUCUGCCUGGGGUACAUGCACGACCCCCCGAGUCUGUACGAGUCCGCAUCCGAGGAGGUGGGAGGCUCCACGGCACCUCUUUACUGCCGUUGA